AUGGAACAGAGAAAAACGGUCUUUACUUCGGCCAAGCUCUAUUCUCCUGUAGCCUGCACCUCCAGUGAGCUUGAGAAUAUCCGAGCCUACUACCUCUCCACCGAGAACACUAUGAUGGAUAUGGCUUAUGACAAAUCCAAAGGUUGGUAUGAGGGUACCCUUGGCAAGAAGCGCUUUAUGACCGCGCCAUAUUCAAAGCUGGCCGGUUGUCACCUCAAAGGACCCGCUAUGACCAUCAGGGUCUAUUGUCCGAUGGCAGACAACACGAUUCAGGAGUACGGAGUCAAGGGCAAAUCACCCACCACCUCAUGA